UUUAGUUUGGAACUGUUUGGUAAACUUAUUCGGCGCUCGUUCUAACGAUGGAGGUUUUAGGUGAAAUUAGUAACUUUUGUCGCUUUUGCCUGAGCCAGGACUACGAAUCCUUAAUGCCACUAUCCAGCGCCAUCGAAAGCCUCUCCUUCUCGGUGCAAGAUAUAGAGGAAACGACCGGUAUUUCGAUUCUGGAAUGCGAAACCACAUGCCUUGCCGUCUGUUCAAAAUGCAGCACGCGCAUUGAACUCGCGGUGGAUUUCCGUCGUUCCUGUAUAAAGGAAAACAUUAAAUUUUUGCAACUUUUCGGCCAUAUCAUCGACAAACUUCGCUCAUCCGAUAUUGCGGAAGAGAAUCUGGAGGACGCGGCACGCGUAAAGAACGACCCUCUGAAGAUCGAAAUAGCUAAACAAAACGAACUGACCAAUGAAAACACCUAUAAAUCACACGAUGAUCCGGUAUUACCUAUGGAAGAAUCUAUAGAACCGUUUGAUAUACGAACAACUAACGGACAGGAAGCAUGUGAUGAUGAAACCCGUAGUUCCGAGGAUCUUCCACGUUUAUCUUCCGAUACGAUGAAAUCUAAAAGGAAAGCCACGAAUACAAAAGUAGCUGCAAGGAGCCCGAAUGGCAGAAAGGCGAAAUCAAAAGAACUGUUCGGGAACAGCGAAGGAGACAUACCAAACAAAUCAGGAAAACGCCAAAAACGAUUAUGCGGUAUUUGUGGUGCACAAGUAUACAAUCUGAGCGACCACACACGGUCGCAUACCAAGCAAAAUCUCCAUAAAUGCCCACACUGCCCCGUACAGAUGACUAGUGCAUCCAAUCUACGAACGCAUGUUCGUUUGGUACAUGAGAAAGUAGUCGUCAAGUCAUGUGAACCUUGUGGCAAAGGUUUCAUCACAUAUAACGCCUACACAAUGCAUAUGCUAACUCAACACAAUAUCGGCAAGCACUACCAGUGUGAAAUUUGUCACAAAAUUUUCAACACAACAACAAGCCGCUUGAACCAUAUCAAGCAAAUGCAUAUAGGUGAAUUAAAAUAUGAAUGCCAGAUUUGCCAGAAAAAGUUCAAAGAUCCGAACACUCUUAAGCUACAUGGAAGAGUGCACUCUACCAACGCUCCUUACGCAUGUAGCCAGUGUCCAAAGCGAUUUAAGUCUCCAUACGCGAAAAAAUCGCAUGAAAUAACACACAGUGGCAUCGAUUUCCCGUGUACAAUCUGCACCAAGGUGUACCGAUACAAGACCCAACUCAACAUACAUUACCGGAAAUGCCAUUAAUUCUUUCACGAAGAAAUAUAAAACUUUAUUUAUAACGAAACUAGCGCGAGGUGUGGCAACUCGCAGACUUAAACAUCUCGCCCGGUUUUAAUCGCAAUAGCAUCAAUAGCCCUAGUUCAUUCAUUUUAGUUACAUCAACUACCCUGGUUCUCCUUUGGUUCUCGUCGGUUAUCGCUCGGCUGUACGGCUGUAUCCCCUCUCCCAAAAUUGGCUCUGAGAAGGGAAGGGUGAUCGAGUAGCUCAUGCUUGUUACCACGACCUAUGUAGGCGAUUGAGCGCCCUUGGACCCCAGGGGAAUUGUAACGACAAAUCAGCUUAGAAAAAAACCACCCCAAUGGUAAUCCCUAAUAUUAUGGUGAAUGAUAUAAU